AGCAAAUGAUAAUGGACAUGUGGAUGUCAACACCAUGGAGUCCCUUGGUGGUUCUUACAAGGGACUGUUUCCCAUGGGUCCCAUUGCCACCCUGUCUCCAAUGUUACAGAAACACAAAUACACUCGAUUCUUUAAAAAAGAUGUGGAGAACCCUAAUGUAGUGACUCUUUCAGCAUUUAAGGGCCAUCUAAGUCAUGACGAAUUGCUGGAUGAAAAUAGAAGGGAACCGUUGUCAACAACCAGCCACAUGAGGCACUACAUGGCUCCAGGAGUCCAGCGAAUCCCAGUCCGUUAUGGAAGCGUGCGUGGAUCCCUGUUCUUACCACCAGGUGAUGGUCCAUUCCCUGGUGUCAUUGACCUGUUUGGCACUGCUGGAGGCUUGUUGGAGUACCGUUCAGCUCAGCUUGCAUCUCGUGGCAUUGCCUCAUUUGCUGUGGGCUACUUUGGAUAUGAGGACUUACCCAAGAGUUUAGAAGAAUUUAAUAUUUUUUACUUUGAGGAGGCAGUCCAGUUUCUGCUGGAACAUGAGAAGAUUGUAAAACCAAAUCUGGGUGUUAUUGGUGUGAGUAAAGGGGCAGACCUUGGUUUGUCCAUGGCCACGUUCAUCCCCGAAGUCACAGCUGCAGUUUCCAUUAAUGGAUGCAUAAGUAGCGUGCAGUCCAAGCUUAACUUACAUAAUGGUGCAAUACCUGGAUUAGAAUUUGACCUUUCAGGAGUAAAGAUCAAGAAUGAUGUCAUGGACUGCUAUGAAGCUGUGAAUAACCCAUUGGACUACCCUGAAACAAUCAUCCCUAUUGAAAAGGCAAAUGCAGACUUCCUUUUCCUAGUUUCUUGUGAUGACAGGAACUGGAAAUCUGAAGUGUAUGCAGACAUAGCCGUCGAGCGUCUGGAGAAAGCUGGCAGUAAAAACUAUCAGGUUCACAAGUAUCCCCAAGCUGGUCAUCUCAUUGAGCCACCAUUCUCUCCUUUCUCCCGGGCCUCCUACCACAAAUAUGUGGGAGGGAAUCUUCUAUGGGGAGGCCAAUUGAGGCCUCAUAUAGAAGCUCAAGUACAUGCAUGGGAGGCUACUUUGGGAUUCUUUAUGAAGCAUCUUCAGAUCCAUAAAGGAAAGCUCUGACUUUCAUAAUGUAACUUGUCAGCCUUAUACUUUUAAACUGCUAAGUGCCGCUGAUGAGAUACUUUAUCAUGCACAGCUGAUGCCAUGGACGAGUUAUUUCGAGUUCUCACAAAUAAAGAUAUUAUAAAGAUAUUAUACACGCUUCAUCUCAACUGAUGUUUAUACAGUCACCUCUCGAUUAACACGAGUUUAAAUAACCCAUUUUUUAUUUAACAAAGUUGAUAUUUAAGGAGAUACGUUUAACUAACACGUUAUGUUUGAUUUUACACGAGUUUCAUUGAUGACGUCAUUGAGCGUGACAUCAUCGUUGAAACAUUAUUGGUGCAUGGGUGGGUCACGAAAACAGCAAAGGCGCACGCUCCCACUCUACUCAAAUUUGCUCCUCGCC